UUUUUUAAGUAAUAAUUUGUAAAAUGGAUGAUUCGCAUGUUGAUCUAAGAGCUGUUCGUUUUGUUGAUAAAGUUAAUGAUAAUUUAAUUUGCUGCAUUUGUCAAAAUCCUUUUAUUGAACCAGUAAUUUCUUGUUGUGGACAUAUAUUUUGUAAAAAAUGUAUAUUUCAAGCAAUUGAAGCAUCACCCAUUUGCCCUAUUGAUAGAUCAACUUUAUCGAAAGAUGAUUUCGAACCAGCAGCUAAAAUUAUUUAUAAUAUGGUUAAUGAAUUACUUGUAUACUGCCCUCAUCAAGAACAAGGUUGUCCAUAUAUAGGACAACGUCAAUUUAUAGAAUCACAUUUAAAACAUGAUUGUGAAUAUAUUAUGGCUCCAUGUAAAUUAGAAGAAUGUAAGGAGCUUUUAUUAAGAAAGGAUCUUCAAAAUCAUGUCGAAAAUUGCAAGUAUAGAAUUAUAGAAUGUAACAUGUGUAAAAAGAAAUUUUGUACUUAUGAACUAGAAAAUCAUUAUAAAUUAUGUCCUGCUGAAAUAAUUACUUGUCCAUACUGUAAAACUUCGCAUCCCAGAUCUGAACAUAUUUUUCAUUUGAAAGACUGCCCACAAUUUAUUCUUUCUUGCCCACAUGCUGAGUUUGGAUGUGUUUGGACCGACGAAAGACAGCACUUGAAAGACCACUUAUCUCACUGUCCUUAUGAAUCAAUCAAGCAUUACCUUUACAAACAACAACAAACAGAGAAGGCAUUAAGAAACGAGCUUCAACAAUGUUACAAAGAAAAUGAAUCACUAAAAAGUCAGCAACAUGAAAUACAACAAAACAUUGAAUCUCUAUCACAUCAACUAAAUCGUAUGUUUCCUGGUCACUUUAUGAUUGAUCCAGAUAUUACAGAGGAAGCACGCAAUGAAUCUAUAAUGUCUGAAAAUCAACGAAUGAAUAAUGAACUAGAAACUUUAUCUGUUAAUAUUGCAUCAUUGGAAUUAAAACAAAAUAUGGCAUUAAUGACAGAAACAUUUCGUUUACAAGAAGAACUUCAAAGUUUAAGAGCUAUAUGUCAUGGAUUAAGAUUGCAGAUGCAUUAUCUUAUGAUGGAACGUAAAACAACAGCAUCAACAGGGGCUAAUACUACAGGUUCUUCAGCUAGUACCUCUACUAAUGCAACUAGUACACAUGGUACUGAUACAGUUACAGUUUUAAAUAGAAUGAAUAAGUGGCUAGAUUCUGCAUCUGGUCCAAGACAGGAAACUAAAUUAUAAAUGUAUUCUACUAUUUUCCUCUUACCAUUUAUUUUUCUCAUCUUAUUUUAAAUCAUACCCGAGAUUAUAUAAAUAAUUUUUUAUACAAUAGAUGUACGCGAUGUUGAUUUGAAUAAAAAAAAAAAUAGCAUAAUAACAAA